AUGGGCCAUCAUUGUCGUAUCUGCACUCAUGAUAAGUUCCGAGAUAUGGUUGAGAGAAAAGGAAUAGAGUUCUUCCCAAUGGCCCUUGAUGCCCCUGGCCAUUGGCAACCUGAGGAUUUCAUGAGGCACGCAGCCGAGAGCCCCUCAUGGAGUCCCAAGUUCCUUUUCACUCCCCGGGAUAUGUGGUACAUCCUGCUACAUACUCCUGGUAUGAUGGAAUCCUUGAGGGAAAUCUUCUUCCCCCCAGGGUGGCAAACCGACAAGGUCGGGGCCUGGGCAGCUGUGAAGA